CUGGGCACAAUUUGCAAAAAGAAAAACAUAAACAAACGAUUCUGCGGCUCUGGAGCACGCUUCGCGUUCCGUGCUGCCGUAUUCAAUAAGUAAAAUAGUUUAACUAAGACAACUUUCUUGUGUAACACAAUGUACAAGCUAGUCAAACACAGUAUCCGGCUACCGGUGGCGAUAAACCGUGCCAGCAUACAUCGGGAUACCUCGAACGAUAUAAAACCAAUCGGACCGAAACCGGACCUAGACCCAGAGAUGGAAAAACGUAUCGAGGAAGAUAAGCAACGGCUCAAGUGGCGUACCCCAUACUCGGAGCGCCCGGACAGCUUCUACAGUGCAUUCAAGCUGUUCGCCUCAGAGAAUCGUAAUUCCGAGCUGGUGGAAAAAAUGCAGCAACCAAUCGAUCUUUCACCGUCGUCGAUUUUGGAAUGGUGGAAAAAGCGGCGCAACAGCGUAGCAGCACAAAUGCAAAAGUUUAUCCCCGAGCGGCAUGCUACGCUAGGAGAUGAUAUUGCCACGGCUCACUUUAUCGUUCAUCGGGGUGGUUCCGUGAGGUUCCGCGGAAGUACGCAAUGGACUAAAAAGGAUGAAGAUGACGAGUAUGAUUUGCCGCGCCAUCACGUACCCGGCAUGGCGCUGGAAGAGGUACGCUGCGAUGGAAUGACACUGUAUUACGAAGGAAUGGAAAACAUCCAAAAGUUGCUCCGUUUGAAACAUCUCUCGUUCGAGAAUGUGGCACUAUUCGACGACUGGUACCUUGAUCGGAUCUCCGGCAAUACGUUACCCUCCCUGGAGAAGCUAAAUUUGCGUGGAACGGCCAUAACGCACCGGGGAUUAAAUUGUUUGUAUCGUUUACCUAGCUUGAAGCUGCUGCUUAUAGACGACCCGGAGAAAGACAUUUUGUGGAAACUAACGGUGGCCAUGCUCGAGGAAUGGAAUCCAAACCUGCGGGUCGUCUCGAGUGAAUAAAUUCGGUUGGAAUAAAAAUGAUCGUAGCAAUCCUGCGGGCUGUAUAAACCCGGGGUUUCGCAUGUAAACAAAGGGCA